GAAGGGCCGCGCAGAAAGCCAGGGAAUUCUGACACGCUUUGUGAUCCCCUAAUAAGGUUAAUGCAAGUUUCUAGAGUGAUCUGUCUUUGGUUGAGUACGGGGCAGCCAGCAGGGAGAUUCAGGCAGCAGCCGUGAGCAGGUGCGUCUUCACCAGCCUGCUAGCAGGCUCCGUGCUUCUACAAGCAAACGCUCCAGAGGCUCUGGAAGCCGCGGCUGGAUUGGAGACGGCAUGGGUUCCUCAGGGGACGACAGCUAUUGCCUCCUGAAUGAGUACGCCAACGGCUUCAUGGUGUCCCAGGUUCUCUUCGCCGCUUGCGAGCUGGGGGUGUUCGACCUUCUCGCCGAGGCCCCAGGGCCCCUGGAUGUGGCAGCAGUGGCUGCAGGUGUGGAGGCCAGCUCCCACGGAACAGAGCUCCUGAUGGACACCUGCGUGUCCCUGAAGCUGUUGAAAGUGGAGACGAGGGCAGGAAAAGCUUUCUAUCAAAACACAGAGCUGUCCAGCGCCUACCUGACCAGGGUCAGCCCGACGUCACAAUGCAGCCUGCUGAAGUACAUGGGCAGGACCAGCUAUGGGUGCUGGGGCCACCUGGCUGAUGCU